AUAUAAAGUCUGCUGACACUGGCGUCCAACUUAGUCUUUCCAAUUUGAAUUGCUUUGCGAACAAGGAAACAAUACGAUGUCCUUAAACAAGGUGCUACUCGUUUUGGCUCUGACGGUGACCUCGGUCCUAGGACAGUGUUCCAGGCAAGAAAACUCUGAUAUUGGGCUUCCUGACCUUCAAGUUCACAGUGGCCGACCAGAAGGAGAUUGCUGCGGAAUUUGUCAAUCAGUUUCAGGAUGUAGAGGUUAUGCAUGGAAUAGUUACGAGGGGGGAACUUGCUGGUUGAAAGCAGGGACGGGGCCGAUCACUUUUAAUCCCGGUGUUGUUGUUGGAACGAUCGGUGGCGACCCCGGAGACGGACUCGUCAGCUACCAAGAAUUCUCACAGGCUGUGACCAACAACGGAUAUCCAACACCUUCCCAGCAGCAAUACAACGCCUUUGUCAGUUCUGCUGGCCCAAAAGGUCAGAUUUCCAGUAAACAGGAAGCUGCAAUGGCCAUUACCCAUUUUAUGCAUGAAUCCGAUGGUCUGCGAGCAAAGCGUGAGUACGCCUGCAUUGAGAAUGGAUGUCCAGACUCCUAUAGAACUCCGGGAUGUGAUGCUAAUGGUCAAUGGUACUAUGGUCGAGGUUAUAUUCAACUAUCUUGGUGUUACAAUUAUCGGCCGGCUUCUAUGUACCUCUUUGGGGAUGAGAGACUAGUUUGGGACUCUGAUAUGGUGGCCAGGGAGGAAACUAUCGCGUGGGACACGGCUUUCUGGUUUUGGAUGCAAAAUGUCCACAAUGCUGCUGGCGUCCAGCAAGGCAUGUUCGGGGCAUCCACACGAGCGAUAAAUGGUGGUUUGGAAUGCGAUGGACCCAAUCAGCAUAUUGCACGACACAGGUAUGAGAUGUACAAGAUUGUGAGGAGAUCAUUCGGACUAUCUGGGGAUGGAGACGAACGAGGCUGUUACAAUUAAUAAGCUUCAUAUCCUCCGUAAUGUUAAUACAUAUAUUUUUGAAAUUGUCAACAUUCGUUAAAAUCGCAAAAUAAAAUUUCCAAGCGCCUUCAUAUUGCUAAUCUGUCAAACAA